AUGGCAUUUAUUUCUAGAAGAGCCUUGUUAGAAACUGUAACGCCAGUUUUCCAAUGCAAACGGUUCAGAGGUAAAAUAAACGUGCAAAAGCCCAAACCUCCGCAUUUCGUGAAAGCAACCUACCUAAGCUUAGCCAAACCAUGGUUUAUCAACCCUAAAAAAGACAAGGCGCCUAUAGAACUGUGCAAUCUACUAAACCACAAAUACGAUAAACAUGAAGAAGAAGAAAACAUGUACGCUAAAUUGCUGGGCCGAGAGCUCUACAAGGACUUUGCCAAUUCGAAGAUGAUACUAUUUUACCAUCACAAUUCCAUAAAAUCCGACGAAUUUUACAAAUAUUUCGCCUUGUUCAAGAGGCAAAACAUGGACUUGAAGAAAAUCGGAAAGCAGGUUUUGACAUUAGCGGUUACUGGUACCCGUUUUGAGCCGGUGUUAGAUUUUUAUUUGACUGCUAACAACAUGAUAUUAUUCAGCCCGGAGCCCGCCAUUGAUACAGUCCUAAAAAUCAACAAAAAAUGCCCUCGGCUAGUGUUAUUGACCGGAAUCUACGAAAACCAGCUGUUAAGCAAGGACGAUUUGGAAAAGUACAGCAAAAUUCCUAAUAUUCAAGCCGCCCAAGCCGAGUUAGUUCAAACAAUGAACGCUUUAGGAAGUAAAUUAGUGACCGAUUUAAACGCCCAUCAAACUAAUCUAGUCGGUAAUCUGGAAAGCAGAAUUAAACAAUUAGAAGAGGAGUAA